AUGAAUCGCGAACCAGUAUCCGCGGAGCCUGAAAGCCUCGUCGCGAAAGACCGGACACGCGUGACUCAGAGAAGCAAAGCGAAAGGUCUAGGGUUCGGGGCUCAGGGCGAGUGUUUGUUCUAAGAGAAAGACGAUGGCGGUGGAGGCGGCCCGCCCCCACAAGCUCCGGUGGGGAGAGCUCGACGAGGAUGACGGCGGCGACCUCGACUUCCUGCUGCCGCCGCGGGUGGUGCUGGGCCCCGACGAGAACGGGAUCAAGAAGACGAUCGAGUACCGCUUCGACGACGAGGGCAACAAGGUCAAGGUCACCACCACCACCCGCAUCCGCAAGCUCGCCCGCGCCCGCCUCAGCAAACGCGCCCUCGAGCGCCGCUCCUGGCCCAGGUUCGGCGACGCCGCCUGCGAGGACGCCGGCAGCCACCUCACCAUGGUCUCCACCGAGGAGAUCCUUCUCGAGAGGCCCCGCGCCCCAGGUAGCAAAGCUGAAGAAACAAAGGUUGCAGGAGACCCGUUGGCUGCUAUCGGAAAAGCAGGUGCUGUUCUUAUGGUAUGCAGGACUUGUGGCAAGAAGGGCGACCACUGGACAUCAAGAUGCCCCUACAAGGACCUUGCCGCACAAACAGAUGGCUUUAUUGACAAGCCUCCAGCUGCUGAAACUGCAGCUUCAUCAGGCCCUAGCAAGGGAACUUAUGUUCCUCCAGGCUUGAGAGCUGGUGCAGAGAGGAGCGGAACUGAGAUGAGGCGUCGGAAUGACGAGAACUCAGUUCGGGUGACCAACCUUUCUGAGGAUACCCGUGAACCUGACCUUCUUGAGCUCUUCCGUCCUUUUGGUCCUGUGACUCGUGUCUAUGUUGCUGUUGAUCAGAAGACUGGCGUAAGUCGGGGCUUUGGUUUUGUGAACUUCGUCAGUAGGGAAGAUGCAGAGAGAGCUAUCAGCAAGCUUAAUGGUUAUGGUUACGAUAAUCUUAUCCUGAGGGUUGAGUGGGCUACUCCAAGGCCUAAUUGAAUCUGCAUGUCGAUUGCGGAAAGUUGGAGUUCAGACGAGUGCUUUGUUUUAUCUUGCAUUUCCCUAUUUAAAUUUUGCCAUGAAAUCUCUGGAAUAUUUUUGCCAUCAGCGGAUGUGCGCCAAGCAUUUGCUUCUUGAUCUUGGUUGGAUAUUUCAUAUUAUAAUUUUUAUUUAUUUAUUUGUUUUUGUUAGGGUUAACAGUUGCUUUGGGGUCGAGUGUUUGCUUGACUUGUGAUAAUUUUGUUCUCUACCUCCUGGACGGUCUAACGUUUUAAAUGUUCUGGCGAGUGGAAAUGCUCGUUUUCCUAA